AUGCAACGCAAGCAAGAACAUGUGAAGGAACAACGCGAUGUGUCGCGAGGUGCUGAACGUGUGUUCAACGUGGGCGACCGUGUUUUUGUGAAAACAGUGCGCGGUGAGUGUGUCUCCUGGGAAGAAGGAAUCGUGUGUCAGGUUGUCAGUGCUGCGACCUACGUUGUGAAAGUGCUCAACCAGCUUCGCUUCACGCACGCUGACCACCUGCGUCCUCGACACGCGGAACCCAUCGUGAGACCGGGCAGUACGACUGUGGAUGACAAUCCAUCGAUACCGCCACCCACGAGCUUUCCAGCCCAGGUGCCGUCAGCACCACCCAGUGCGAAGGCACCGACGCUAGCGGCGCCACCUCCAGACGCGGCUGGUACGACGCCGACGCCGGACGCAACAGCACCAGCGCCACCCGCAGACCCCGCCCGGGAAGGACCGGCGACACCUACUGCAGCAACGCCGGUUCCGUCUACGACAGCUGAGAAGCAACCCCUUCGACGAACUUCUCGCGCAUGCAAGCCGCCUGACCGUUUUAAACCCGAGGACUUUAGGAAAUGA